UCGCACGCGCACGUGGACGCAAGAUGGCGGCGACCGUGGAAGAGCUGCUCGCGAAAGCCGAGAAAGAUGAAGCGGAGAAGCUUAAAAGUAUCAGGGUGAAAAAAGAGCUGGAGCUAGAGUUCGACCUGGGGAACUUGCUCGCCUCGGACAGGAACGCCGUGAACCUCCGAGACUUCCGGGCGCAGAAGAAAGAGGACUAUUUGCGCGCGCUGGCGCGCGACAACACGCAGCUGCUCGUGAACGAGCUGUGGAAGAUGCCGAGCGAGCGCGUGGAGGGGGUGGUCGUGGCCAAGCUUCCGGAGCCGACCACCCGGCUGCCGAGGGAGAAGCCGGUUCCGAAGCCGAGGCCGCCGACCAAGUGGGAGCAGUUCGCCAAGCUCAAGGGGAUCCAGAAGAAGAAGAAGACGAACCUGGUGUGGGACGAGGCGCACAAGGAGUGGCGCCGCCGCUGGGGCUACAAGCGGGCCAACGACAACACCAAGGACUGGCUCGUCGAGGUGCCGGAGACGGCGGACCCCGACGAGGACCAGUUCGCCAAGCGCGCGCACGCCAAGAGGGAGCGCGUGGCGAAGAACGAGCUCAACCGCCUGCGCAACAUCGCGCGCGCGCACAAGCUCAAGGUGCCCGGCGCCGCCGCCGCCGCGCCCUCCCGCAACGAGCUGGCGCGCGCCGAGCAGGUGGCCAAGGUGUCCACGGCCUCCGUGGGCAAGUUCCAGGAGCGUCUGCCCAAGGAGAAGGCGCCGAGGAACCGCGGCAAAAAGCGCGCCUUCCAGCCAAACAUCGGCGACUUCUCCACGGAGAGGCAGCAGCAGCUGGAGCUGCUCAAGGUGAUAGCGAGCAAAAAGCCCCGGAUGGACGUGACCAAGGCCGUCAACAAGCAGAUGAGGGAGGAGGACAUGGAGGCCGCCUCCAAAAAGAGGAAAGGGGCCGGCAGGAAGGGCAGGAAGGGUGGCUCUGCCCCCAGGGGCAAGGCCAAGGGCAAGGCCAAGGCCAAGGGCCAGGGGCCCCCAGCUGGAAAGAGCAGGCAGGUGCGCAAAGGACUGGGCAAGAGAUGAGAUCCUCCAGCACCACCACUAUGGAUCAUCAGCAUCACCUGCACCUCUCCACUUCCUGUUCAGCCUCUCUCUGAUGCCCUUCUAAACUCAUUUCUCAACAUCAUGCUUACCAAACUUUCGUGGUGCAUGGUCAUCGUAAAGUCCCCAGCGAACUGUGCGGGAGUAGUGCGGUGGUCAUGCCCCUAAACGCACGUGGGCCACGGGUUACGCGUGUCGGUCACAGUGCAAGAAGGGAUAAAUGUUGGAGUGACACCAAAUGAUGCGCAGUUUGUCAUUUGCCUUGAUACUGCAGAUGUUGAACUUGCAGUUAGCGGACGUGUCUCGCCUCCAUUUUUCUUGACAAAUAGUCCGUAAAUAAACCGAUAGUUGACCACGACUUCAUAAGGGAGACCUUUUGCAUGAUUGCAUGUUCUCUAUCGGGCAGAAUUAUAUACAUGUCACGUGACUUAUUUUUCUAUAUCUUUUCUGGCAACGAACUGUUCAGUACAAAAGUAAUAGGCUGAAUGCAGUGUGGUGGAAUGUAAAACAAGUCAAAUGUAAAUUUUGUUUUUAUGUACAUUAGCAAAGGCUAUAUGGUGAUGGAUAAAUCCAAAUGUGAACAACUUGCUUCCCUGUGUGAAUUAAACUGUCCCUGUUAUAUCGUG